CGUGUAGAACACAGUUUAUCACAUGACCGCAGAUGGCGAUAUGACGAUGUUCGUUCAAAGCGUACGCAGGGCGAACAGUACGGAUUUGGAGAGACUUUUUGGCGUGUUACGAAAAUAAUGAAAUCGUGAAGAACGUGAAUGCAGAAUGUUCCACUUGAUUAUUGCAUCUCAUUUGCCACGGUUCAGUCUGAAAUUAGUCUUGCCGUUUGUAGAAAAUUGAGCAUGUAUUGUGAUCUACCAAAAGUUGAAGUGUGGCUGUAUUUUGUGCUUUGGAUUUCUGGAGUAUUGUAUUCAAUGUAUAAUGUUUACUUGUCAGGUAUUUAUUUUGAUGGCAGCAUUCAUGGUGUCUUCACAUCUGGAUGGUCAUUCAUCAACCGCAAGAAGGAUGUGUCAGACUUUGAAUGGGCAAUGUGGGUUCCAUUUCUGUAUGCAUCAGCUCCAUGGGUGUGUGCCCAUCUUGUGGUUGCUGAGAUUGUUCGGUAUGCUUUCAAGGAGUUGCUGUGUCUGUGGUACCUGAUGAUAUCAACGCUGUACCUCCUGCUACAUGUUGGUUCAGUGGCGACUCUCUUCAUGUUGAUGGAGCCAUGCCUUAUGUACCUUCUGCUGCAGUUUCGAAGCCGCAUCCUGAUAUACGCAGCAGGCGUGUUCCUCCUGGCCUUUCACAACAUUGAUUCCAGAAUGAACUUCUUGUCCAUCCCUUAUGAAUACCAGUACAUGCUGAUGAUAUCCGCAGCAUGGAUCUACAUGCGCGGACAGAGCUACUGUCUGGAUAAGCUGGCAACUGUCAAUACAGGCCCUAGUGUGUCAGACUUCGUAAUGAUGCUGGGGUACUGUUUUUACUUCCCGAUGCUGUUCCUCGGCCCUUUGGUUCUUUACCAAGAGUUUGAAGCAGGGGUGCUGAAACCAUAUGCCCCAUGGACGCUGAAACGUGUCAAGACAUUUCUGCUGAAUGUGGUGCGUUACUCUUGGUGGAUGCUGUUCCUAGAACUGUUCUUACACUUCAUUUAUGUUGGUGCAUUGCAGAUGGAUGUGUGGUAUGUGACAAGGCUUGGAGCAUGGGCACAUUAUGGAAUGGGAUACAGCAUGGGUGUCAUGUUCCAAAUGAAGUAUGUCAUCACAUAUGGACUGAGUUGUACAGUAGCACGGGCUGAGCAGAUACAGACUCCGAACCAUCCAAAAUGCAUUGGUCGUAUCCACCUAUACUCCGACAUGUGGAGACACUUUGACCAGGGACUGUACUUCUUUCUGCGAAAGUACAUCUACAUUCCCAUGCUUGGCGAGAGACCCAGUUUCGCAGUCAGAUUGCUGGCUUCAUUUACUUGCUUUACCUUUGUGUAUGCAUGGCACAGAAUACACAUGUUUGUGUUAGUAUGGUCAGUACUGAACUACCUUGGUGUCACCAUUGAAGCUUUUUCAAAAGCCAUAGCUUCAACGACGCAUUAUCAUAAGUAUGAGAAGUAUUUGUUUUCGACACCACAGAAUAUCAGGAGAUUCCAUGCUCUGAUUGCUACACCUCUGUUCAUGAUGUCUGCACUCUCAAACUUUUAUUUCUUUGCUGGGAUGUCAGUUGGAAAUCAGUUCGUGAGGAGACUCUUUGAAGGGUCUUUGCAAGAGAACAGCACUCUGUUCCUCUUUUGUUACUGCUGCUCUCAAGUGUCCAUCGAGGUCAAGAACUGGGAACAGAGAAAAGAGAAGAAACAAAUGUGAAUUUGUUUGUUAAGAGUUGUGCGUCAUAUUGUGCAAUGAGAGCCAGGUGUGAGUGAUAUUUACUGCAAAUAAGUGCUACAGCACUUAGUUAUGCUUUGCAAUGGUAUUUGACAGAUCUCAAGCAUGAAUGUUUGUGCCUUGAAGUUUUUAUAUGCAUUUAUAUGUUGUUUAUUUAGAUAUUAGAUGAAUAAGAAGGAAUUAAUAUGUUUAAUAUAUGAAAUUAUACAUUUUU